AUGCCGAAGCGACAGCGCAGCGAUGAGAAGGUGGUGCAUCAUGCAGAACUUUCUGUGGAAUCAGGAAGGCGUUUCGACGCGUACAUACGCGGUUGGAUGCAGGGCACAGUUGAAUCGCCACUUAUCCGUCCUUCUCUGCUCCCGCCACUGACUCCAUUGCCGACUCUCGCAGCAUGGAGUAAGUCUGGCGUGGCACCGACGCCAGCAACAACAUCUGCUGGCGUUGCCGUAAGCGAUUUAUCGUACCUCUGCGAGUGGACGCCAUCGUCCGCCGUUAUGCCGUCGUUGCGUACCGCUGUCGUGUAUCACAUGUCUAUGCUAGAUCAUGUUUCUCCAGAUGCUGGAGAGUACGAGCGUCCUGCACGGCUACAAAGCACUAUCGACCAUCUCACUGCUAUCGGCCUCCUGGCCUGCUGUCAGCGUAUCCCCGCUCGCGCGGCCAAGACACGCGAGCUGCGUCGCGUACACUCCAGGAAAUUGGUCGACACAAUUGAUCAGCUCGACUUCUUCAUGGGCAUACAAGAGGGUCGAGGAGGUGUCAUUGGGCAGGAUCUUUUCGCAAGCGAGCACACUUCCCGUGCAGCCCGCAUGGCUGCCGGGUGCGUAAUUGAGGCCACCAACGCCGUGGUUAGCGGCGCAGCUACCAAUGCCUUUGCACUGGUUCGUCCACCCGGUCAUCACGCCGGCCCUGACAACGCUGCUGGUUUCUGUCUUUACAACAACGUCGCCGUCGCGGCGCGCGCGGCUCAGGCAGAGCUGAUGGCCGCAAAAACGAAGAGUGACCCCGCCGGUGAUGCGCAGCAGCCACGCAUCCUUAUCUUGGACUGGGAUGUUCACCACUGUGACGGGACAGAGAGCGUUUUCUACGACGACCCAUCUGUGCUGGUUAUUUCAGUUCACCAAUACGGCAAUGGUCCCGGUCACGUGCUUCGGAAGGUUUCCACAGUUUCGGCCAAGCAGCCGGCGGAGAUGCCCACCGCUGACAAGGAGGACGUCACCGCAGAGGACCUCGCAGCGCUCCUUUCAGCCGAUGCUGUCGAGCCACCACCGGUCCCGCUGCCAGAGCCGCCUCGAGACGAAGCAGCUCCAGCCCCAGCACAGACCCCGACAGAGGGCCACCGACUGCGCACCGAGGUCGACUACAACAAGCUCGCGGUUCAGAUGGAGGAGAAGGACGACACCGAAAUUGCCGCUCUCUUCGGCGUUGAUCUGAACGCGGCGUCUUCUAGCAGCAGCAGCUCUUCUUCCGACCUCAGCUCGUCAUUUGACAGCACCGACGGCUCAAGCGCUCCAAGGAAUGGCAGGCGUUCAGUCCACCACCCAGGCGACACUGUCGGUCUCUCCGUUGACGAAACGCCUCAAAAUGUUACCGGCGCUGAGGAGGAGCUCUUUUACCCUGGCACGGGGCACCUUAACCGCGUCGGCGGUGACGCAACGGCUGCGGCGCAGGGACGCAACAUCAACAUCCCCUGGCCCACGCACGGCAUGGGCGAUCUUGAGUACUUGCAGCUCCUUCACGAGAUUGUCCUUCCUGUAGCGCGCGAGUUUCGACCGGAGCUGGUGCUGAUCAGCAGCGGCUUUGACAGCGCCAGCGGUGAUCUGCUCGGUUCCAUGUGCCUCACCCCAUCAGGGUUUUACAUUAUGACUCGACUGAUGGCGCAGAACUUUCCAAGGCUCGUUGUUGCACUGGAGGGUGGCUACAAUCUCAGGAACGUGGCGCUGUGCUCAGAGGCCGUGAUGCGUGCGCUGCUAGAGAGUAGCGGCUUCCCGGGUGAUCAAUUGCCGAAAAGCCGCAUGCUCUGGUGUCAAGCAUCCAGCCUCGCUGCGGAUAUUAAGAGAAUGCAUGCGCCGUACUGGAGCUGCUUUUCCCAGAAUCUGUAA